GGGAAACACAUACCGCCCACUAUUAUCCAAUGAAAUGAUGCGUUACUUAGGAGUUUUAAACCAAUGGCGUUUAGUGAUUCAACCUGGCAAGUCCACUUACCCCAAUGGACUCAACUGUUUAGUUUUUCACAUAGAAGAAAAUCCUUAUCCAUGUGGAGGAAGAUUGUUGUAUAGCGCAAGGACAAUUAAUUGACUUGAAAAUUAGUCUGGGUUAAGAAAAAACCUACCGCAACAUGUACACUUUCGAUAUAAAGAUUGAGAGAUUGAGAAAGAGAAUGGUAAAAAGGGAGACAAGUUGUAAGCUAAGAUGAAAAUAUCUUCACUUGUCUUGCCUGUGUUCUUAGCCGUGUUAUUAAAGGUCAUUGGUGGGUAUGACGAAAUUAUCAAAACCAAUGACCCCGAGGAGUUCCGAGUAGACAGUAGUGAUGGACAUCAGUACGUUGGAUCCCGAAUAACGAGGAACAAUAGACGGAACGGAAUUUUUACCGAGCCCGAGGUAAAUGACCUAAAAGAAUCUGAUCAGAAAAUUCCAGAUGGUAGUGACCAUAAAAUUAUUGGGAAGAAAAUUGAAAUAGAAAAAAGGCAAAUAACAAUUGCUUCACAAAAUCACGACGAGAAAGACCAAAACAUUAGGAAUUGCAACGACAAAACCAAUGAUAAUCGCCAUUGCGGCGGAUCUUACGUAUUGGAACCACCUCUGGAUCAUUUUGAAGAAAACAAAUUCAAACUUGAUAGAAAUGCAAAUAAUGAAUCUGAUAUUGGAUCGUAUUUGAGAACAAAGAUCCGGAAACGAGCAGUGAGAUUGUCUGUCAAUAAUGGUUUGUGGGUAUUAUCUAACAUGUUGAAGAACAAAAACAAAAUGGCGAUGAUGAGGAAACCGAAAGUUGUGAAAAUGAAACUAAGACGUUCUAUGUUACAUCACCUUUUCAGAAGAAACAUUUGGCGUAAUAAUGUACCUUUGAGGUUCUGGCUUAUAAAACUAGGAAGAUAAAAAAAGAAAGUUUGAAGACGCGUUGGAGAAACAUUUUUAUGUUGUCAAACCCAAAGUAUAAUUCAUAAUUAUUGAGCAUUGUCAAAUUUUAUUUGAAACACAAAUGUAUGUCUUUUAAGAUAUUUUAAAACUAAUAUUUGUUUCUUUCUUUUUCUGUUUCUAAAAGAGAAGAUAUUCCAGUGCGUUCUAUAGAUGUUUGGAGAAUUGAACGAGUUUCAGAUCUGUAAGAUCUGCUUGGCGAUACUUUUGUUUUACAUGUAUCAUAAUGGUUUCUAUAGAUCUACUCCAUGAUAAUUACGAACUCAAAUUUGCAACCACCGCCCUUUUUUCUCUCUUUUA